UCCCCCACCCCCUCCUUUUUUCCACAAUUUCCCCAGAAUGGCUCGUUAUCUCGCUCUCUUCGUGCUCCUCCCUGCCUUUGCCCUGGCUGUGGUGAACCUCAAGCCUUAUGACCAAACGGCCAAGCGCAUGUUGGGCAAAAUUGACGCCAACGGUGACAAAACCUUGUCACGUAGCGAGAUGGAGGCAAUCGUAGGCCAUGCUGACACAAACAAAGACCACAAAGUUACUGGUGCUGAGUUCAACGUAUGGGUCGAUAAGCACAUUCCUGCCCAGAGAGCAAUCAGCCAGGCCGUCUUCAAACUUUUCGACACGAACAGCGACAACAGUCUCAAAAAACAUGAUUUCGAUGUCUUCUUCAACCGCAUGGAUGCCGACAAGAAUCACUCAGUCUCCCAGAGCGAGUUUGUUGCUUACUGGGUCAACAUUUUCAAGAACUUGGAAGCCCAAGGCUAAACUGAAGAUAGGUGAGUCAUCCUGACGUUCUACAAUGAUGUUCAGUUGUUGGAAGACGCAUGUUGUACAAGAAAUUUGUUAAUAAAUUCAUUUCUUUGUUGAAAACAGAA